AUGGUUCGCCCAAGCCGAAGCCCAUUUCCGUGCCCACCGCAUCCGUUCCCNUCCCAUACAGUCACUUCCCUGCCCACCGAUAUUGCGGAACAGGUGUUCGAAUUCAUCAUCACCGUGCCUGAGACCGACCCAUACGCUCAAUUUAAAGAAGCGUUAAUCACCCGCACAGCUGUGUCGGAUGAACGUCGAUUAGACGAGUUGUUUGGGGACCUCGAAAUCUGCGACCGCACCCGGUCCCCGUUGUUGCGACACAUGCGGCAACUUCUCGGCACCCGCGUACCUGAUGACGCCAUCCUCCGCCAGCUUUGGUUGGAGCGUCUCCCUCCACGCAUCCGAAAAUUUUUAUCCGUUCUCUCCAACAGUUUGUUGGAUGAAAUGACACUGGCCGCGGAUAAAAUGUUCGAAGCAAACCCAGCUUCGUAUUACAUCACCGCUUGCUCCAACCCAACCCUGACCGCCCCUCGCUGUGAUGAUAUCUUUCCACGCAUGGGGAACCUUGAAAUGCAGAUGCAGCAACUGGUUCUUCACCUCUCCUGCUCACGGUCAUCCAGUCGAAGUCGAAGUCGCUUGACUUCACAAACCCGCAGAAAUCACCCACCAGCCAGCUCUAACCCUCAACAUUGCUGA